ACAGCGCCACAAAUUGCUGCGGGUGUUUUCAGUAAGAAAAUGUCGUCUGCUGCGCAAAUUGUGCGUCUUUUUUAGUUGAAAAGAAGCAAUAUUUUCCAGUGACUCAGUGAAAAUCAUCAUUAAUUGAUUCACCGCGGAGAAUUUGUGUGCAGCUUUGUGGAAAAAUUCAAGCGCCUCUGCUGAAAAAUCGUGCUGAAAAUUGGGAAGGAAAGUUUUGGCGGAAGGUUGUUUUGUAAACAAAACUGGAAUUCUUUGUUCUCGCGCUAACUUUUGGAGACUUUGCGCGAGGAAUCAGAGAGAUUCAGUGGCUUUUCCGGGACGGUUCUGUGCUUCUCGUGUUGUUCCAAGAAGAUUAAUCCGAGGAAGUUCCAACAAAGGAUUUUUGCUUGAGAAAUUCUACGGAGAAAGGAGGAAGGAGUUUUUUCUUGAAUCUUAAGAACACAGCUGGAGAGAUUGCGGAAAAAACGGCGCAGUUUGUGAAUUGGAAUCUAAUUGGGAGGAACUCUUUGGCCAAUAAAUACCAAAUGGCAACUCCAGCAAAGAUGGGAGAUGAUUCGUCAUCUCUUGGAGAAUCAUGGAUUGAGCUCACUUCAAAUGGUUCAGGAACAAAUUCCGGUCAUCGCAGCCCUGAACGUACUACCCCACUCCCCUUCACAUCUGGCGAAGAGUAUUUGAGGCUCCUGCGUGAGGCACAGCGAGAAUCCAAGGAAUCCAGUCGGGUGGUCUCAUUGGCUGGCUCAAGGCGCGAUUCCCCGCGUAGUAGCCCCAAAUCACCCCCCAACAGUCCCAAUACCGAGCUCUGCAUGGAUGAACUCAAGGGAGUUUACAUAAACUACUGGAACUCUGUCAAGCAGGAAAACGAAAUUGCUCAGAAUAAGGAUUGGCUUCUCUUGUGGAGCAGUCGACCGGAUCAGCAGCCUCCAAAGGAUUGGCAAUUCCAGCAUCCACAAAAACGAGCUCCUGGUUAUUCCGUGCGCCUGGCGCGUGUUGGAAAGAAUUCACUAUUCUCAAAAGAAGUUCUGUAUUCCCUUCUUCUCUCCAACGUCCUAUCAGUGAUCCUUGGCGUAGGAUUUGGAAUGUGGCUCAGUAAACGAGGAAUUUUGCUCACACGCUUGUCUAUUGAGUGAAUUGUGGAUGAGAGAUUAGAUGGGAGACUUUUGUAUCCUUAAAAAGGAUACGUGUGUGGCACCCCAUGCGAUUGAUGCGGAGAUUUUUUUACACACUUUUUGCAGCAUAAAAUAUUAAGAAAAAAAUAUAAAUAUUAUAACUUUUUACAAUAUUUGAAUGAAAAAAAAAAUGUAAUUAAGACAAUUUUCCUGUCCAUUUCUCUCAUGCUUUUUUAAAGGCUAAAAAUAAUAUUAUAGGCUGUAAAAAAAUGUCUUCAAAGGAGAGACAAGAAGGAAAGAAUGAAAAGAAAUAACAAACAAACAGGACUUCUUUUGCCAACUCACAAAGUGUGUAUUUGUGUGUAUCGAUGGGAACAGAAAGUAAAAGGAAAAUAUCAAUCAGAAACUACAUAUUUGGCGUAGUAAAAGUGUCUAAAAAAAACAUUAAAAUAAAAAAAUAAUUUGUAGAAAUUGCUGCACUUUAAAAGAAAAAGAAAAAAAUAUUUUAUUUAUAAAACUUUGGAAGGCAGAGAAGAAGAUAAAAAAAAGUAAUAUUUAUUUUUUUCAUGAAUGUGAUAAAUGGCAGAAGUGGAACAAUCAAGAUUUUUUAAAUUUAUCUUUUUUGGUACUUUUAUACGCAUCCUCGAUGCACUGCAGCGAUAAAAUCCAAAAUAGAUUUUAAAUAAAUUACAUGGAUACAAUAUCCUUCCCCAAAUUUUCUAGUGAUGUCCCCUCUUUUUUUAUUAACUACACUCUCGUAGUUUUUUUUUUAUCAAUAACUAAAAGUUUUUAUAAUAAAAAUAAUAAAAA